CUUUGUUUUGCCUUCCUCUCCUCCCUGUGGGGAAGACGCUCGUCUUACCCCGAACAGUUCCCUAGGUCACGUCUGUUUCUUUCCUGAAUCCAGAUUGUGAAGAUGGAAGGGGUCCGACCCCUAGAAGAGAAUGUGGGAAACGCACCAAGGCCAAGGUUUGAGAGAAACAAGCUAUUGCUGGUGGCCUCCGUAGUUCAGGCACUGGGGCUGCUUCUGUGCCUCACCUACGUCUGCCAGCACUCCCAUGCUCCCGAGGUGUCACUUCAGUAUCCUCCAAUUGAAAAUAUCAUGACACAACUUCAAAUCUUAACAUCCCAUGAGUGUGAAGAGGACAGUUUCAUCCUCCCACUCCAAAAAAGGGACGGAACCAUGGAAGUGCAAAACAACUCAGUCGUCAUCCAGUGUGAUGGCUUUUAUCUCCUGUCUCUGAAGGGCUACUUCUCCCAGGAGGUCAGCAUUAGUCUUCACUAUCGGAAGGGUGAGGAGCCCUUCCCGAUCCUGAAGAAGACCAAGUUUGCCAACUCCAACGUGGUGUUAAAAUUGGGUUACAAAGACAAAGUCUACCUGAAUGUGACCACCGACAGCGCCUCCUGCAAGCAGCUCAGUGUGAAUGCUGGGGAGCUGAUUGUCAUCCUUCAAAAUCCCGGUGGGUACUGCGCUCCCUGAGGGGCUCAUGGCCACACCUAAAACCAGGCACCAGCAGGAAUGCCAA